UACGUCACUUUUGUGCGACCGGCCAGGUAGUUCUGCCCUCUGUGUCUCGGCGGCGCCGUGUAGAGUCCGCGUGAUCUUCCGCGAGUGAGCCUUAAUAGUCCGGGUGGGGGCUGGCCGAAUCCAAGAAAUUCUCCUUGGACACAAAGUGUCCCGGCGGACCCGCGGGGCCUAUCGGAGACAUAAAGCAGAGUCACUGUAAUUAUUUCUAACAUCAAUUUCAAACUAUUUAUUCUUGGAUAACAGUCCAAUUAUAUGAAAUUAUGGCUGGUUAUAAGCCUGUAGCUAUUCAGACGUAUCCUAUACUUGGUGAAAAAAUCACCCAAGACACACUGUACUGGAACAACUAUAAGACCCCUGUUCAGAUCAAGGAGUUCGGUGCAGUGUCAAAAGUAGACUUUUCUCCGCAGCCUCCAUAUAAUUAUGCUGUCACAGCUUCCUCGAGGAUUCACAUUUAUGGCCGAUAUUCUCAAGAACCUAUAAAAACCUUUUCCCGAUUUAAAGACACAGCAUACUGUGCUACUUUUCGUCAGGACGGUAGACUGCUUGUGGCUGGCAGUGAAGAUGGUGGAGUUCAGCUUUUUGAUAUAACUGGGAGAGCUCCCCUCAGGCACUUUGAAGGCCAUACUAAAGCAGUUCAUACAGUCGAUUUUACAGCUGACAAAUAUCAUGUGGUCUCUGGGGCUGAUGAUUAUACGGUUAAAUUGUGGGAUAUUCCAAACUCCAAAGAAAUUCUGACAUUCAAAGAACAUUCUGAUUAUGUGAGGUGUGGAUGUGCUAGCAAACUGAACCCAGAUCUCUUUGUAACAGGGUCAUAUGAUCAUACCCUCAAGAUGUUUGACGCACGAACCAAUAAGAGUGUGAUCUCUGUUGAGCAUGGGCAGCCAGUGGAGAGUGUCCUGCUCUUUCCCUCUGGAGGUCUUCUGGUAUCAGCAGGAGGUCGUUAUGUUAAAAUCUGGGACGUACUAAAAGGAGGACAGUUGCUAGUAUCUUUGAAAAAUCAUCAUAAAACUGUGACAUGUUUAUAUCUGAGCAGCUCUGGACAGAGGUUACUCUCUGGGUCACUGGAUAGGAAGGUGAAAAUAUAUAGCACGACUUCCUAUAAAGUAGUCCACAGUUUUGAUUAUGCAGCUUCAAUUUUGAGUCUUGCACUUGCACAUGAAGAUGAGACAAUAGUUGUGGGAAUGACCAAUGGAAUACUAAGUGUUAAACAUAGGAAAUCUGAAGCAAAGAAGGAUUCUCUUCCCAGGAGAAGAAGGCCUGCGUAUCGAACUUUUAUUAAAGGAAAAAAUUACAUGAAGCAACGGGAUGACAUUUUGAUCAACAGGCCAUCAAAGAAACACCUAGAAUUAUAUGACAGGGAUCUGAAAAAUUUCCGGGUCUCUAAAGCACUUGACAGAGUCCUUGAGCCUAGUUGUACAAUAAAGACACCUGAGAUUACAGUUUCCAUCAUAAAGGAGCUAAAUCGAAGAGGAGUCCUUGCAAAUGCCCUUGCAGGCCGGGAUGAAAAGGAAAUCAGUCGUGUUCUUAAUUUUUUGAUACGGAAUCUUUCUCAGCCAAGAUUUGCCCCUGUUUUGAUCAAUGCUGCUGAAAUAAUUAUUGAUAUAUAUCUUCCUGUGAUUGGUCAGUCACCCGUAGUUGACAAAAAGUUUUUAUUACUUCAAGGACUUGUAGAGAAAGAGAUUGAUUACCAAAGAGAACUACUAGAAACCUUGGGGAUGAUGGAUAUGCUCUUUGCUACUAUGACAAGGAAAGAAAGCACUUCUGUGUGGCAGCAUGCAUCUGAUGGAUUUCUAGAGAACAAGAAGGUGGAAUCAUAGUGUCUGCUUAAAGAGACCUGUAAGAACUGCUAACUUGAAAUCGAUUUGGUUCUACUAAUUAUUGGAAAGAGAAUCUCUUUGAUAGAUUAAAAACUACCCCAAAACUAUUCACAGAAGGAGUUUUAUGGAAGAGACCUGAAUAACUAUAAUUGGAAAAUAAGAACCUAUUUUAAGACAUGGUUUACCAUGGUUUACCAAAUAUGUACUAUAUUUUGAAUUAUUCCAUGGCAUCUUCUGCUGGAAGAUCUCCGUUAUCUUGGUCAUAGUGUAUUGUUCACCUUGGACAAAUUGAUACUGAUUUUAAUACAGCGAAGUUGUGUAUGAACAUCUGGGCAGGCAUUCAGAAUCUGGAAUGGGUUUCAGCUGGAAUCCUGCUAAAGGAACAGUGCUUUAUUUUGUAUUUCUGUCCUGGAAAAACAACAACGGCAACAACACAACAAAUGGCAACGACAAAUAAAUUCUCUCUUCACUCUCAUCGGUGCCCUUGGGAUUUUCAGGCUUGGCUCCCUCUGCUUGACAUCAUCAUUUACCAUGGGUCCCAUGUUCUGCUUCCACUGGUAGUGGGACUGCCUCUGCUCCAGUUGCAGCAAAUCAGUGGCCAGCUCUGAACAGUUUAACUCUGAACUAGUUAGAUAUGUAUUCAGAAAGUGUGAGGGGGCAGCUUUGAUACCUAACAAUUGUAUUCUCCAUUCCACAUACUCUUUUUAUUCCGUGAAUCGUGACCAUCCUUGUCAGAACAAGGUCUACAGAUCUUAGUGGACCACGUUUUCUUCCAUCUCGAUAAUGUUGUUUUUCUACCCAGUUUUCAGCUUGCCUCAGGUCAAAGGAGUGAUAAAAUUUGUCAUUUCUCUUGUAAGAAUUAGCCUUUCAUCUUGUUGUAUAUGUUUGGAGCUUAUCUUGUAGCUCCCGACCCUUCUGAAAACCAUUUUCUCUGAUCUGUAUUUAUAUUUUUAUCCCUCAAUUUCCAUAAUCAUCUUGUGCUUCAGAACCCAAGCUAGAGUAGCUUGCUUUGGAAAAUAGUUGUAUUUUUUUUUAAGUUCUAUGUAAGUCACGUUUUUUUAUAAAGAUAUUCUUAUUUUCUUCUUGUAUUUCUGAGAUGUAUCAAUUCUUGAUGGAUAGUUCCUGGCUAGUGAAUGCUGGCAUACACAUUUCACACUGGCUACCUCUCCCGCCUUCCCGUUCCUUUUCCACCUCAUGUGUUAAUUAUCUGUAAGGAAACAUGCCUUGGGUUAGAAGGACCCUUAAAGGAAGAUUCUAUAAUGGGAAUCUCCUCUUAAAAUUUAGUUCUGUGAAUUCAGAUUUUUUUUUUUUUUUAAAGCAGAAAAAAAAAUUUCUGUGGUCUGGUAAGAGCCUGUGCUCAAAAAUAAGGUGUAGUUUCCCUUUUAUGAAUUGACUUAUGUAAACAUACAGCACACUGGCUUAUGAGAAACCAGGAGUUUGCUUCCCUGAGUAAUUUUGAGAUUAGAUGAGGUCAGAAACUGUCUUCAUGUGGAAAUAAUUAAUUUAUUUAAAUAAACGUCGUAUGUAAAGGCUUUUAAAAAUA